ACCCUUUUCUUACAUUCUUCAAACCCGACACACGCACGCACACGCACGCACAAAAACUACACUAAAGAGAAGAUAAUCACCGAUAAUCAAGUUAGCGACUUCAAUAGAGUUAGUGGACAGCAGUGAUAGGAUUUAUCUUGGCUGUCACAUUAGUACCUUUUGAGGUUUAUGACUGUUUUGGGGUUUUCAAUAUGAGUGGUGUACCUAAGAGAUCUCAUGAAGAGACUGUUCAACCAUCUUCGAAGCACCCACAUCAAGAUUCGGGUACAUAUUCCAAGAUGAUUUCAUCGGUUUCGAAUGACCACCAUAGUCCUUACGAUAUAGGUCAGGAUUCCCGGGCGGGAAAGGCGCUCCGUAUUGAACCUCGUGAUGCAGACAGAAGAUCUCCUCUUCACUCAGUUUAUCGGAUGCCAUCAUCGUCGAGUGAUUCUCAUGCAGAUCACCCCAUCGGAACCGAUAACAGGAUAGAAUCAAGGGAUUUUAAGGAGAUUAGAGAUGUCCGGUUUGAGAGUCGUGAUAUGAAGGCAGAUAAGAAGGAGUUACAUGGUGAAGCAAGAAGGGAUUCUCAGAUUGCUAAGAGUGAGAAGGAUGUGCGUUUUGAAGUUAGAAGUGAUGACCACAAGGAUAGCAGAUAUGAACGGGAUAGUCAUAAUGAUUCAAAAGGUGACAUUAAGACAGAGAAGGAUGGCUAUGGUGCGGGAAGCAGCCACUUGACUUUAAAAGAUUAUAAGGGGAAAAGAUAUUCUGAUGCCCCUAGUGGGAGUAUGGAUUCCUGGCAUACGUCACGUGCAAAUACACCUGUGGAAGUUGGAAAGGAUAGUUCAACAGCAGAAGAAAGGGACUAUUUGGAAGCUCAUGAGGCUGUUGGGGAAAACAAAAUUGAUUCUAAAAGUGAGGAUAGAUUUAAAGAGAGAAAAAGAAAGGAUGUGAAGCAUCGUGACUGGGUGGACAGGGAAAAAGAGAGAAGUGAUCGCAGAAACAGUACACAACUUAACAAUAGUAGUGGUGACAGCAAAGAAGCUGCCAAAGAGGAUAGAGAUGUAGAAAAGUGGGAGAGGGAGAAGAAAGAUCUUCCAAAAGAGAGAGAAAAUUCAAAAGAGAGGGAAAAAGAUCAUAUAAAGAGGGAUUCGUGGAAUGUAAUGGAGAAAGAGGUUCCAAAUAAUGAGAAGGAACUUGGUGAUGGAUCAGUAAAAAUUCCAGAGCAAGAAAUUGUGUUACCAGAACAGAAGAAACAAAAAGAUGUUGACAGCUGGAAAAAUGUUGAUGGAGAAGCUAGAGAGAGGAGGAAAGAAAGGGAUGCUGAUUUAGAAGGUGAUCGGCCUGAAAAGCGAACUAAAUUUGACAAGCAAUCAGAAGACGGAUGUGCUGAUGGGGAAGGGACUGGAGAGAAGGAGAGGGAAGUCCAUAAUUAUAAUGUUCAGCAUCGUAAGAGGAUACAAAGAUCAAGGGGAAGCCCUCACGUGGCCAAUCGCGAGGCUCGUUUUAGAUCCCAUGCCCAAGACAAUGAAGAUUCUGGUAUUUCAGCUAAAGCAGAAGUAUCUUCUGUUAUUUAUAAAGUUGGUGAAAGCAUGCAAGAACUGAUAAAGUUGUGGAAGGAAUAUGAAUCUUCUCAAUCUCAAGUGGAAAAAAAUGGUGAAAGCUCUAAUAGUGGCCCCACUCUUGAAAUUCGGAUACCAGCGGAGAAUGUUACUGCAACAAACCGCCAAGUCAGAGGUGGCCAGCUAUGGGGUACUGAUGUGUACACAUAUGACUCAGAUCUUGUUGCUGUUCUCAUGCAUACAGGUUACUGUCGCCCAACAGCUUCUCCUCCUCACAUGGCCAUACAAGAGUUGCGCACAACCAUUCGAGUGCUUCCUCCGCAAGAUUGCUAUAUUUCUACCCUGAGAAACAAUGUACGUUCCCGUGCUUGGGGUGCUGCAAUUGGUUGUAGUUAUAGAAUUGAGCGGUGCUGCAUUGUGAAGAAAGGCGGGGGAACUAUUGAUCUUGAACCUUGCCUUACACAUACAUCAACUGUUGAGCCCACCCUUGCACCAGUGACAGUUGAGCGGACAAUGACCACCAGGGCUGCAGCUUCGAAUGCAUUGCGGCAGCAAAGAUUUGUACGAGAAGUCACAAUACAGUACAACCUCUGCAAUGAGCCUUGGAUCAAGUAUAGUAUAAGCAUUGUUGCUGACAAGGGUCUAAAAAAGCCUCUUUAUACAUCUGCUCGUUUGAAGAAGGGAGAAGUUCUGUAUCUGGAGACACACUCCUGCAGAUAUGAGCUCUGUUAUACUGGAGACAAAGUGUUGAAGGCUACACCAGCAACUCAGUUGCAUGACCCAGAUAUAGAAAAGUCUCAAAAUCACCACCCACACUCGACAAAUGGUGAGAAAGCUGAUUCUGAUAAUGUCUUGAUUGAUGUAUUUCGCUGGUCUCGUUGUAAGAAGCCUCUACCUCAGAAGGUGAUGCGUACGAUUGGCAUCCCUCUUCCUCUUGAACACGUGGAGGUGCUGGAGGAAAACCUGGACUGGGAAGAUGUACAAUGGUCACAAACUGGUGUUUGGAUUGCAGGAAAGGAAUAUACCCUUGCUCGGGUGCAUUUCUUGUCGAAGAAUUAGUACAUUGCCCUUCAAUGUUUUGAACGGAGGAUUGAAAGUGGAGGGGUGUUACGGUGCUGAUAAAAUGCGUUCUUUUGUGUACUUUUAAAGAUGUAAAAUUACAAAAAGGAUAGUAUUUUGAUGUUACUAUAAUUUUUUUUUUUUUUUUUGGUUUUUAAUAAAAUUGUUGUGCCAUGUGUAUUUUCUAAAUUAUGAUCUUAUCUUGAGGUCUUUGACCAGCAGAGUCAAACUGCCUAUUUGAGACAAAGAUCGAUAGGGCGAGAUUGUAUCUAGCUAGGACA